AUGCUGGAGAAAUCAUGCAGUGCUCCGCAGGAUGACUCUAUGCUCGAACCUAAGCAGCUCCGCACAGGGUCAUUGAGCUCUCUUACCGAUGCAGGGGGAUUCUUUUCCGAGAGCGAUGCUCUCAAUUCUGCUCUUCUGGUUUGCUUAUUCGUGAUUCGGGAUGCAAAGUUUUCUGGAUUCGGUUCAACGAUUGCAGGUCCGCCAACACAAAGUGCCUGUGCGAAGCAAUUGCAAAAUUUCAUCGAUGCUGCUCGCCAGUAUGUGGCUCUCGUCAAUUCCAACGAUGUCGCUGAUUCUGAGUUCGUCGUGAAGUUGCAGAGAGCCGGACAGCAAAUUGCGAAGACUGCGCUGACAGUGUUCCUCAAGCAACAGGGCAGCAUCAUUGAUCAUGUCACUGACUCGGAAGCAAUUGUCGAAACCACGUCAUUCUUGUUUUAG